CAUGAGUGCUCGACUUGCUGUUUGAAAUGCUGUUCACAAUACUUGCCCUUGUGGGCGUGGCUGCGGCGUUGCUCUAUAACUACUAUUACAAUAUGUACAACUACUGGACACGGAUGGGGGUGCCACACGAGAAGCCGCUGCCAAUUGUGGGCAACUUUGGAGGCGUUAUUGGGGGCCGCCUCCAUUUUCGCGAUAUCAAUCAACAUAUGUAUAAUCGCUUCAAGGGGAAGACACCGUUUGCCGGCAUGUUUAUAUUCUUUAGACGCGCCGCCUUCAUAACCGAUCUGGAGCUCGUCAAAAUGGUGCUGAUUAAGGAUUUCAGUACAUUUCAGGAUCGCGGACUAUUCAACAAUGUGCGCGACGAUCCAUUGACUGGACAUUUGCUCACCCUGGAGGGCGAGGAGUGGCGCUCGUUACGCAAUAAACUGACGCCAGUCUUCACAUCCGGCAAAAUGAAGCAAAUGUUCACCGUUGUUGUGAAAGUGGGUCAGCGACUGGCGGACACCAUGAAGACGACCGUCAAGGCCGCCGCCGUAGAUCAGGGCGAUGUGGAGCUCAAAGAACUAUGCGCCCGCUUCACAACCGACGUUAUUGGCACCUGCGCCUUUGGCCUAGAGUGCAAUAGUCUAGCCGACCCGCAGGCGGAGUUUCGCACCAAGGGACGUAUGCUUUUUGAAAAGCCACGUCACUCCCCCUUUGUGCAGUCUUUCAUUUUCACGAAUCCCAAGCUGGCGCGCAAAUUCCGCCUUAAACUGUUUCCCGAUGAUGUAUCUGAGUUCUUCAUGAAAGCCGUGCAAAAUACAGUCGACUAUCGUCUGAAAAACAACAUCAAACGAAAUGAUUUCAUGGGUCUCGUUAUGGAACUACUUGCUGAAGAUCAGGAUACAGCUCGACAGGCAGGUGGCAUAGAUCUAUCGCAGGGCUUGACCAUCGAACAACUGGCGGCGCAAGCCUUUGUCUUCUUCAUAGCUGGAUUUGAGACAUCGUCCAGUACCAUGGCCUUCUGCCUAUACGAACUCGCACUUCAUCAGGAGAUUCAGGAUCGACUGCGUAAAGAGAUUGAAUCAGUGUUGGAGGCGCUCGAUGGAGAGCUCACCUACGAGGCCAUGCAACAGAUGCAUUAUCUGGAUCAAGUGCUUGCAGAAACUCUGCGUAAACACCCGAUCUUGCCACAUUUGCUGCGUGAGGCCAACCAGAAUUUCCUGGUGCCCGGCACGCGUUUGGUCAUUGAAGGAGGCACUUCUGUUCUAAUACCCGUUCAUAGUAUACACUACGAUCCGGAGUAUUAUCCAGAGCCGGAACGCUUUGAUCCAGAACGCUUUACGCCCGAGGCUGUGGCCGCCAGAAAUCCAUUCGCCUAUUUGCCGUUUGGGGACGGACCAAGGAAUUGCAUUGGUUUGCGUUUUGGCAAAAUGCAGGCCAAGAUUGGACUUAUUAUGCUCGUACGACAUUUUAAGUUCGACGUAUGCAAACGUACUGAAGUGCCUCUAAUUCUAAGCACUCGCACCUUUACGCUGAACACUGAGCAGGGCAUACACCUGAAAGUGGAACCAGUUUAAAGCUAUAUGCACUCCUUUCCAGUCUACAAUGCAUUCUAAUCAGUUAUAAAAUACAGCACUACUAAACGGCAUUUAUGUAUAUUUCUUGUGCACUAUUAGAAAGUAAUGCGAGGCCGGCCUAGUUUUUGUACCACUUUGUGGAGUAUAAUGUGAUAGAAACGAUGAGACACGAAUUUUGUUAAAUAAUUGUUAAACUUAUCGAUAUGAAACAAUACGUGGACUGAUUCUGGACUAAAUAGAUUUACACACCCAAAACAAA